GUCUUAGAACAAGUUUCUUGCAGGUCAAUAAUUGUUAAAAAAAUUUUAUAAAUUAUUAAAAAUCUAAUUAUUAAUUAAUUUUAAACUAGUGGUUUAUUUUUAAGUUAAACGUUGCUACAAGUGCCAAUAAUUUCAACUGAAAAUUGGAUUUAUUGCAAAAUUUAGCCGUUUACUCGCGACACAUCAUCAAGAAACAGAGUAGAGAUCUACGACCAUUCGGAAAACAUAAGCUCUCGAUUUAAGCUGCAUUGAAUGCCCUGAACUCCAGGGAAAUACCUGAAUUGUGGAGAUCACCUGUAGUCUAUCAGUAAUACGAUCCAUGGAAAAAUAAGAAAGUAGUGAUAAUUGAUUGAAAAAAUGUUGACAAAUGAUAAAAUAAUAAUUAAUAAACGUUUUCCCGCGUUAUCGAAUAAAUUUGAAUGAGAAAUGUCAUCGCGAAGAUCGCCUUUUGAUGGAAAAAUCUAGCGUACAAAUCGCUGGACAAGUGCCCAUGUUAAAAAUAAAAAUUAUAAUCCAGUUCCAUUAAGGAAAAAACAGGGGACAGAAGUCAUGGCUUCUGGAGCAUCUUCCCUGGACAGUGCUGGAAGUAGCGAUGGGGCACUCAACAUGGAGGGGGAUAGCGGAGGCUAUGGCAGUGUUGGAAGUCCAGUGGGAGGUCCUGAAUGUCGUAGUGAUUACGAUGGUUUGCAAGCACAAUGUGAUCAAGCCAUGCAUCAACUCCAGCUCCUUAGACAUAAACACUCUGAUACCAUUCGACGAUGUGAGCACACUAUGAAAGAAUUGGAGUAUUAUCGAGGACAACACAUAGCCGCAAUGAAUCAGCUGGAGGCAACUUCUCAAGAGAGCUCAGCUCUUCGGGGUAAAUAUGGAGACCUGGUCAAUGAUAAACAAAGACUCGAUCGCGAGGUCCAAGCACUGCAGAAAGAAGUUUCUGAACUUAGAUGCCAAAAUCAAGAGGUUCUUGUUGCUGAUCCUUCUAAUAGUGAUGCUAUCAAUCAACACUACCUCUCCGCCUUGAGAAAAUAUGAGACAAUCAAGGAUGAAUAUGAUUCUUUGAGGAAACGAUAUGAUGAUCUCAUUUCUACGCAUUCAUCUGCUGUUAAUAAGUUGGAGCUAGCACAAGAAGAAGCAGCCAGACUGAAAAAGCAGUAUGAAGAUGUAGUCCAAGAACGUAACAGUGCUUUCAGAGAGAGAAAUGGAUUAAAACAACAAUGUACGGCAGCGAUAAGACAAUGGGAUAUAGCUCUACGUGAGAGAAAUGAAUACCGUGAAGCAUUAGCAAAACUUCAACAGCAACACGAAGAAGCAGUAAAAGAAGUUAAUCAGGCCAUGGUGCUUCGCAUGAAAGCGAGUAAGGAUAUGAAACGAUUAUCUGAGGAAAGAAAUGCUGCCUUACAAGAGUACAGCCUGAUAAUGGGUGAAAGAGAUACAGUUCAUAAAGAAAUGGAAAAACUUGGGGAUGAUUUAAGUCAAGCUUAUUCUAAGAUAACUCAUUUAGAAAAUCAAAAUAAACAAUUGGUGGAUGAGAAAAAGACGCUUUCCUAUCAAAUCGAAACCUUGAGGCGAGAGAUAUCAUCAGCUCUCCAUGACCGCGAUGAAGCUCUCAAGGAAUGCAACGAUCUCAGGCUCAAGUUUGGUGAUUAUUCUGAAGGAUCUAACAGAGAUUAUAAAAAUCGUGAGAUUAUAAAAACUUACAACCGUGAGCGAGAUAAUGCAAGUAAAGAAGCUGAAAGAGAAACAAAUACUCGGGAUUAUGCCAAGAGAGAAAAAGAACAAAUGGACAAUUUAGACCAAGCAAAUCUAGAACUAGACAAGUUAAGAAAAUCCGUAGAUACUCUGCAAGCAGAAUUAGAAGAAGCACUUCAAGAAGCUGAAGUAUCUAAACGAAGACGAGAUUGGGCAUUUAGUGAACGGGAUAAAACUGUUCUAGAACGUGAAAGUAUGAGAACUCUUUGUGAAAGACUGAGAAAAGAAAGAGAUCGUGCAGUUUCUGAGCUUGCGGGUGCUUUAAGAGAUUCGGAUGACAUCAAGAAGCAGCGAAACGAGGCUUCAAAAGAACUUAAAGCUCUUCAAGAGAAGAUUGAGAGCGGAGAUCAUUCAUUGCGAACCAAUCAAUAUCAUGAAGAAAGUAAUGUCAGUGAAUGGGAUGUCAUCACGAUUCCAAUUGACCUUAGUAGACUUUGUCAAGAUGGUGAUGGGGAUCUAGGAAUAGUACUUGUCGGUGGUAGAGAAGAUCCACAGUCUCCUAACGAUUCAGGUGUUUACGUCGCUCAAAUAUCUCAAGGAAGUGUUGUUGAAGGAAAAUUGAGAAUUAAUGACUGUAUAAUUCGUGUUAAUAAUGUAGAUUGUUCAACAGUAUCGACUAGAAUGAUUUUAGAAACAUUACGAGCAUGUACUAUGGGUACAGCUACACUGACUGUAAGAAGACGACGAUUAACUAGACGAGCAUUAAGGACAACUCAAUUACCAGUUGGUUCUAUUCCUCAUGGAAUAUUUUUAGAAAUAGGAAUUUAUAUAGCAAAAAUUUCUCCAGGAAGUGUGGCUGCUAAAGAUGGUAACUUGGCUGUUGGAGAUAGAGUCUUAAAUAUUAACAGUAAACCAAUGGAUGGAAUAAGUUCAGUGCAUGAAGCUAUGGCUAUUUUAAACGAUACUUCCAUUGAUGUGAUAACUAUAACGACUCUAAAAGGGCUUGCUUUACCGUCAGUUUUAAGCUUGGAAGCAAUAGAUACAGGAUUUGCUUCUGAUAAACAGAAAAUGGUUAAUAAUUGUUCUCAAACUGAGCAAGAAAGAAUGAUGCUAAAAGCAACCUCUGAUGAUUAUGAGCGUCGUUAUAUAGCAUCGAAUUUCGGUGAUAGAAUUAUUUAUAAGGUUUCCAAAUCAGUUAGUAAUGAGAAACCAAGUGGAAUAAGUAACGCAUGGGAGAAUAUUCGAGAGAAGAUUGACAUAGUUCGUGGUAGAAGACAUAGUAAGGAUAGAGAUGAUAAGAAAAAACGUCAUCGGAACUCAAGUCCAAAUACUUUCGAGCAAGAACAAGAUGCAAUUGCAGAAUUAGAUUCCGUUAUUGAGAGUUAUCAUAAAAAGACUAAUAAUGGAGUUUUGAAGAGGAGCAAACGAAGAGGAACGGAGAAAAUUGAGAAGAAUGGAGGGACGUGGCCGAAAGCAAGAGGUGGACCUUUGAUUCAAAAUGGAACUGGAACGAUUCUUCAUCCUAGGAAAACGAAGGAACGGCUUCCACUCAGUGUACUUUUAAACCAACCCCCUAAAUAUGAGAGCUACAACUACAACCGUAUUUCUAAUCCUAUUCCUUUAGCAAAUUUUUCAAACGUAAGCAAUCGUCACACAGUUUAUAAAGCUGUAGAAAGCCCUAUGCCGAGCUUCAGUAAAUCCGGACAAUUGUUUGGACAGAAAUCUUUCCAGCCGGCGGUGCAGUUCAAGGACAUGUCACUGGAAAAAAAGAGCGACUUCGAGGCAACAGAGAGAAGUUUGGGAUCAUCUCAUGCACCCUCUGAGACCAGCAUCGACUUUUCUGUCAAAUCUGUUGGCAGAGAGGGCGAUUAUGGUCAUGCUAAACGUCGUACUCAAAAGCCGUAUCCUUCAGGCAGCAAUGAAAGCCAUCCAGAAGCUCUUCAGCAUAACAGGGUUCACUCUCAACUUUACCCGUUGGGUUCAGGAUCUUCAUCCAGCGCUCCUAGACAACAGCUCGCUGGUAAUUUCUCGUUUCCCCCUUAUACACACUCGCAUCCACACCCGCACCAGCAAAACUCGCUGCCAUCUCGAUAUCCCUCACCUCCGUCCUUACCGUCAGCGCAGUCUGGAGAGUCUUUAGGACUUCCUGACUCUAGAUCCUUUAGUUUUGAGCCCCCUUAUAGUCCAGGACCUCAACCAGGAUUCGGACAUUUGCACACUCCUUCCGUAGAUUUGCACUAUCACAAACCACGAGGUCAUCCAGUAGGCAUUGCUUACGAUUUGCCGGCUUACACUCAUGGAUAUGAAGGUGGAACAUUUCCGAGAAAGAAGGAGAAUCAGAGGUUUAGGAUACCUUCGAAUCCUAGUGUAACUUCUAAAAGUAGUGUGGGAAAAUUGUCAACGGGGAGUAUUGAGAGGACAUCAGAGAGAGGUAGUCCUAUGCCAACUUUUCAUGUGGAAAUCUUGAGUCCUGGAAUUGGUGGUAGCAGUAGUGGAGGAACUAUUAGAAGCAGUGGGAACAUCAAACGAACAAAUAUGUCCGAUUAUUACACACAACCGUUACCUGCUCCUGGAGAACUGAGGAGGGUUCAUAUCGAUAAAUCUGUCGAGCCUCUUGGAAUCCAAAUCUCUUGUUCGAAUAAAGGUGAAGUCUAUGUUUCCACAGUUAGUGAGCAUAGUCUAGCAUCUCAGGUCGGACUACAAAUUGGAGAUCAACUUCUAGAGGUGUGCGGAAUCAAUAUGAGAAAUGCGACAUAUGAACAUGCAGCACAUGUUCUAAGACAGUGUGGUAAUUCCAUUACUAUGCUGGUCCAGUAUAAUCCUAAUAAGUACAACGAGCUCGGAAGUUCAGGUUCUUCAAGUCCUUCCGAAGCAGGUGGAGAAGAAGGAGCAAGCCGUAGUGGUUCACCAACGCCUUGUAAUAGUCCAGAAGCACUUCGAAAAACAACUUUAGAAACCCAUGAGCCAUCCGAACCAGAAAAGGAAAAGCCCAAUACACUUAUGCCACCAGUUAUAAGAGAACGAGAAGUACGAAGUUCAGCUUCUAUGGAAGUUCGAGGAACUCAAGAACGGGAGAGAGAGAUUCGGCAAUCUGCCUCAUUAGAUAUCAACAUAAGAAAACCAGAAUUGAGAAACUCAGCAACAUUAGAAAGUAUGAGGAACUCAGCUACUAUUGAUUCACUAAGGAGUGCUGGAAGUACUUUAACUCGUGCGCAAAUAAAUCAAGCUGUCACGACAUUACAGCGACAAAACGCAACUGUACGAAGUCCUACGCAAGAAGAACAAAGUAGGAAAACUCCACCAACGUUAGAUCCUAGAUAUCUGUUUAUAGAAACAAGAAAAUGCUCAAAUCUUGGCAUUUCACUUGUUGGCGGUAAUGGUGUAGGUAUUUUUGUUCACUCAGUUCAACCAGGAUGUCUUGCAGAAGAAGCGGGAUUGACUACAGGUGAUCGCAUCCUUGAAUAUAAUGGAGUUGACUUAAGACAGGCAACUGCGGAACAAGCAGCUCUUGAAUUAGCUCGACCUGCGGAUAAAGUUACUCUUGUUGCUCAAUACAUGCCGGAGAGAUACAAUGAAGUGAAAGACAAGCCUGGAGAUAGUUUUUAUGUUAAAGCCAUGUUUGAUCGAGUGGGUGAAGUAGGAGAUAGUCUCCAGCUUCGGUUCAACAAAGAUGAUAUUCUUUACGUUGAUAAUACAAUGUUUAAUGGAACUCCAGGACAUUGGAGAGCAUGGUUAGUGGACCAAUCUGGUAGACGACAGCAAUGUGGAAUUAUUCCAAGUAAAUUUAAAAUCGAAGAAGAAUUGCUGUUAAGACGGUCGCUGGGUGAUUUGGAAACAGACACCGGUAGGAGAGGGACGACAAGUGCAAGAAGAAGCUUUUUUAGAAGGAAAAAACAUCAUAGAUCGUCGAGUAGAGAUAGCAAAGAGCUUUCGCAACUUACAGGAGUCAGUCUCGGAUGGUAUAGUGAUAGUGGAACGUUGAAUGAAGAGAAUCUACCUGCUAGCUAUCAACGUGUUGAGAGAUUAGAUUUACCAACUUUAAGGCCUGUACUGAUAAUUGGCCCGUUAAAUGAGUGUGUAGCGACAAAAUUAUUUCAAGAAUUCCAAGGUGAAUUUACUCGAUGUCUUCCAGAAGCGAUGCACUGUUCUCAAGCAACACUUGAACAAGGAUUGCGUGAUUCUCUCUAUGUCGAUUAUAGAAAGAAAGGAAGUUAUUUUGAAUGUACAACUGUACAGGCUGUGAAAGAAUCAUGUUCAAAGAGUGCACAUUGUAUUCUGGAUAUAUCAAUUGCAUCAGUGGAGCGUCUCCAUAAGCAUCAAAUUUAUCCAAUAGUUUUAUUGAUUAAGUUCAAAAGUACGAAACAGAUAAAAGAAGUCAAGGAUUCAAGAUAUCCUAGUGAUAAAGUGAGCGCUAAGGCGGCAAAAGAAAUGUAUGAGCAAGCACUCAAGGUAGAAGCAGAGUAUAGGCAAUACAUUUCUGCAAUUAUUCCUGCCGGUGUAAACGUUGCAUUUAUUUGCACACAAGUUAAAACUGCAGUAGAUGAAGAACAGAGUAAAGCACUGUGGGUACCUCGUGGGCCUACCUGACAUCAAAGGGGCCCCCACAAACCGCAGUGGAAAUCAAUCUAAUUCUACCGGGGGCCCCUACGUCGUAUACAUAUCAAUAUAUCAUAAAAGAGAAACAACAACCCUAUUUUUUUAUCCUAAUGUUGUUAUUGUUAUUGUUUCUCACUCUUCAUUUACGGUCUCAAUUUGGUUGUGACACGGAUUCUAUGCGCUAUUUUUUACUUAACUCUUUUUAGAAUUCGUUGGUGUUCAUUUCAUCUUACUAUUUUCUUAUAUUUUUAUCAAAGUCCUAUUAAUUUACAUUCAAUUAAUGAUGAAGAGGAUUAAUUCCAUGAAAAGAUCAAUUGCCAGAUGGAUUAUGUGAGUAAGUAAUGAUUAAUGAUUUAUUAAUCGCUUGAAUUGAGUCGGGACAUGAUAAAGAUUAACAGUGGUGGUCAAAAAAAUCUUACGACUUUAUUUCUUAAAAUUUGUAAAAAAACUUACCUUGCGGACUUUCAUACUAAAUUGUCUUGUGUGAAAGUAUGAAAAUAACUAUUCCAUCCAUUUUAAAUGCUCGUGCAAGGUUACAUUACUUCUCAGGAAGUUUACAACAAUAUUAUUGAAAUAUUGAAUAAUAGAGAAGAUAUUCAAACAUAAAUAGCAGUUAUUCAUUAAAAUAAAAUACAAUUUGUGCAAUAUUUUUAAGUUAAAGAAUUUACUUUGUAUCAAAGUUAAUUACAGUCUACUAUUCUUUAUGUAAGUGUUAAUUUUUAUGACGGAUUGGAAAUCAUGUUAAAUAAGCAGUUGAAUUUAGUAAUUUUAUUUUACAAUUAUUAUCAAUAGAAUAGGUAUUAAGACAAUGUCGCGAAUGAUAGAACCUUUGUAGAUAUAAUUUUAAAUCUCUAUACUUAUCCCUGAAAUGAAAUUAUAUCUUUAUUAAUUCAUUUUUCUUCUUCUGAAGAGUAAAAAAACGAAUACAACUUUUAUUAUUCUUGAACGAGUAUUUUAUUGGUAAUAUUAAUAUGAAAUCGUAUUGGUGAUAUUGACCACAACUGUAUAAAGAAAUGUGAGAUGAUAAAUUACGGGACCGUCGAAGAAUAAUCGUCGUAGGUUGGCUCUUGAGUGAAUUGUUUUUUGCUGUGUGUUAGAGAAAGACUUGAAAUAUGUAUGUACAAGAUUAUCAAUCAACGGAAUUGAUUUAUAUUUAUAAUAUAAAUUCAAUUUCUUUAUUGGGAAAUUGAACAGAAGAAUUGUAAAUAGUUUAGCUUUUUUUGUAUAAAUUUGAAGAGAUUGUCACGAGUUUAAAAAACUCCAGAUUUAUUAUUAUGGCGAAUGUUAUGGCAGAUUUUCAUAAAGAUUUCGCAUAUUUCCUGAUACGAUUAAAGUUGUGGAAUCAACGUUUAAGGUUUUUGCUGUAAUUAUUGUCGAAUUGAAAAAAAACAAGAAAUUGUCAUUUGAUACACUGUUGAUGUGAAUACUCUCGUGUCUAAAUGACGAAAAUCGGUUAUGUUGUAUUAAUUGUUAGGUAUAAUUGACUUUAUCGUCAUUUAUAUAUUUAUUUUUAAUUAUUAUUAUCAUUGAUAUAUUAUUACUUAUUAGUUAAUUAUUAUUAGCGUUACUACUAUUAUUAUUAUUACUUUGAAUUUUAAAUAUUGAGAGUCCUUUAUUUUUCAAUUAUUGCCGCGAAGAAUUCGUAACUUUUUUGAAACUUAUAAAAUUUAAACAAAAUUAUAAAUAAUUUUUAUAAAAAAUAUUUUUUGUGAUUAAAGAAAAAUUUUUGAAAAUUUAAACUUGUAAGAAAAUUUUUAGUUUUCUAACCAGAGACAAUAUUUAGGCGUAGGUUAAUUCAUUGAGACCAAAAACUUAAGAAGUAUAAUAUGAUUGUAAACAAUUGAAGGUAUUAAGUUAACAGUUAUAUAUGAAGUAUAUAUGUGUAACAUUGGUAUUUAGGAUGAAUUGAAAACAGAAAAAAGCAAAAAUUAAAAAUUAAAUAAAUAAUAAUGAAAAGAAGGAACCAUACGUGAUAAUAAUGUAUUUGAUAGAAUGUCUCCUAAUUGAGUUAGAUUAAAAAAUCAAAUUCUUACUAAUUUAACAUUUAAUAUAAUAUAAAAUUUGAAUGCAAUCAUCAUGAAUAACAAUUUAUCUUAAAUAAUUAAACCAGUUUACUAUUAAAGGUAAAUUAUUCAGUAAUAAUAAUUUGAUAAUAUUAAAAAAAUUAAAAAAUUUUGAUUGAAGAAACAGAAGUCAAGACGUAAUUAGAACAGAACAAGUGAUAUUGAUAAUAUUUUCAAUCACAUUACUGUGAUACCUAUUUACUGCUUUUAUUACAUAUCAUAACAACUUAACCGUUAUAACAUUUAUACACCCAUUAGGAAUCACUCGAGAUGCAAUACUUGACACAAUCAUCAAGCUAAGAGUAGAAACUAAUUUUUAAAAAUAAAAAGUUCUAGCACAUAUUCUAAUAAUCAUUUUAAAUGAUAUAUUUUUCGAAUAUCUAUCAAUAGCUAUUUUAUGGAAAAAAAUUUAUUACAAUUAAUCCCUGUACAAA